AAUGGAAUCCAUGAUUAUACCAUAUAAGAAAAGAAUACUCAAAGCUACAACAUUAUUAUUAAUCUGUACUUUCAUUCUCAUUUUGGAUAUGUUUUUUAAAGAACCCUUAUAGGAUUUUGAAGUCUAAGCACUAAUUACAAUAUAAAAUGGAAUGGGAAUCAGUGGUAAUGUUAUUGAAUCUAUACCUUUUUUUUUGCUUGCCAAUAUCUAAGAAUAAUAUGUAUUCUUAUUGAUUACAAUGCAUGUAUUAAGUACUAUCUAUUUUUUACAUGAUCGCUUUAUAGCUAUCAAAAGUAUGUUCAUUCUUUAUGUUGGAUGGUAUUUUUUAAUGCUUUUAUAAAUGAUUUAUAAUUUACCUUAACCCUUUUGGGUUAAUCCUAAUAUUGACACAUAUUUUUGUGAUUAAAAAUAUGGUGGUCCUGGAGAUUCCAUUUACUUACCUGCUCUUUUGAUAUUUACACUACUCUAUUAUUAUCAAUGUUAAAUUAAAGCUUAUAUAAUUGCAUCAACUUCAAUUUUAUUUUAUUGCUUUGCUGUUUACAUUUCAGCUUAAGUUUUUUUAAUGGAUUUAGUCUUAGGUUUUGUUUAUUUUAUGUUAUUUUAUGCUUUUGUUAUAAAUUAUGAUAAGAAAAUAACUAACUUUAUAAAAUCUAAAGAUAAUGAUAAACUUUUUGGAAUAAAAGUAUUAGGAAUGGUAACUAUUCUUUUUGUUUUAGCACUUAUUUAUUAUACUUUAAAAGAUUAUAAUGAUAGUAUAGAAUGGGUUACAAAUUAUUUUACUUGUUAUAUGAGACAAUUUACAGUGGGAGAUUGUAAAUUUCAAUUUAUAAUUAGAUUAACAUUAUAGAUUCAAUACAAUUUUAGGAUUAGAGCCUACAUUUUGUUAAAUAACGAUUCUAAUUUGUUUGGUAGUAAUGGGUUUCAUUUAAUUACCAAAAAACAAAGCAUCUAAAUAAUAAUUUAUAAUUAUUUAAUUGGCAUUUAUUCCAGGAUGGCUUAUAAUGUUUUUAUAAGGAUUUGUGACUGAAAUUGAUAUUUUACAUAGAAUGGGUUUAAGUCAAUUAAUAAUUGAAUCUAUUAUUUUUGGAUUGAUGCAUUGGUGGAUUUUCGGAUUUGUUGGUAAAAAGGCAACCAAUUCAAUAGUUACUGAUGAAUAUAUGUUAUUAGAAUGA